GACAUUCGUGAGUCGUCCGGGCAACCCGAUGAACGGCACCUUCCACGCACCAGAGCUGGAGAACCCGCGGGGACAUUCACGCAACUGCGUAUACACAUUCCUCGCGGGGCCCGGCCAACGCGUGCAGAUCACAUUCAUCACCUUCAACCUCAGGGGCAGACCACCAGAUGGAGCCGCUGUCGGAGACCUACCGGCCUGUGUGCACGAGUACAUGGAUGUCUACGCGGAAGUGGUAACGCCCAAGGCGGAGGAGCUGGUGAACACACCUUUCGGGGGGCGAUACUGUGGGCCAGUACCACCACGUACCAGGGUGUCGCUGUACAGGGCGUUGGCACUCUCCUACCACACGGAUAAAAACGAGACCACCAGCGAUGUCUUCACCGGGAGGUACCAGUUCAUCAACGACACGGAGUACGAAAUAGGGCAACCGUUACCAGGCAGUCCCUGCAACUUCCUGGUGAAAGGUGCUGUCAAGCACACGGGGGUCUUGCUGACUCCAACGUACCCGGGAGCCUACCCAAAGGCGCUCCACUGCUCUUACCAGUUCCUCGGAGCCCCCGGAGAAAGGAUCAGGAUUGAGUUUCGGGAUUUCGAUCUUUUCUUUGGCGGCCCUCAUUGUCCAUUCGACUACGUGAAGGUAUACGAUGGUCUGGACAACAGUUCGUCGAUAAUAGGAACAUACUGUGGCCAACAGCGUAAUCUAGUGAUAUAUUCAUCUAAUUCUUCACUUCUAGUAACAUUCGUCACCCUUCCACGCACUGCCAAUACUCAGAAUCGGGGGUUCAAGGGCAUCUUUGAGUUUUCAAACUCAUUCACCAAAUUAGAUUUCAUAAGUAAGGAAGGCGAACAUAUAAAAGGCACCGAAUGCGAUCAGAAGAUUUUGAGUAAGAAGGAAUCAAGUGGAUUCCUCUUCAGUCCGAACUACCCCUUCCCUUAUAUGCCAAAGCUAGUCUGUCGGUACUUCAUAUACGGGAUGCAAGACCAACAACAUCUGGAAAGGGUUCGGUUAGAAUUCCUGAUGUUCGAUGUUCCAAAAGCAGGAGGAAAGGGGGAUUGCUCAGAUGGUUACCUCAAGAUCUACCUGAAAGGCCAAGAAACAACAGAUUCGUAUGACAAAUUUGACUAUGAAAUUUGUGGAGAGGAAAGUGAUCCACGAGUUGUAGUUAGUGAUGGUCCUCGUAUGGUGCUAGUUUUCAGCAGUGGAGAGCUUAUGGGUAGAGGGUUUAAGGCGCAGUAUACUUUUGAGACUGAGUACCGGAUUCCUGGUACUGCCGCUCCAGAUGGCACUUGUUUUUUCACAUACCGGAGCACCAGCAGGAAGAGGGGCGAGUUUAACUCACCCCGAUACCCCUCCAACUACCCCAGUAAUACGAACUGCACCUAUUUAUUCCUAGCCACCGACAACGAGCAGGUGACGCUGGUUUUCGAUAAUUUCAAAAUUCGCGCGGAUAACGUUAACACCAGUAUUGGUUCCUAUGGAACUAUUUGCCAAGAAGACUGGAUCGAAAUAUACAACAUAUACCGCGACGGAACUGAAACGAAAAUUGGCCGGUACUGUCACAUGUCGGCUCCAGGUCCCAUAGAAUCUAACAGAGGUGCCAUCGGCCUUAAGCUUAUCUUACACUCGGACGGAGAGGGGGUAUAUAGCGGCUUCAAAGCAAGGUACAGUUUUGAAGUAGCAAAGUCAAUCUUCGGGGACUGUGGUGGUAAUGUAAGCAGCUUGGAUUUUGGAAUCAUCACAAGUCCAAACUAUCCUAAGGACUACGGGACGCUAUCUAAAAACCAGGCUUCUAAGAGCUGUAAUUGGUACAUUACUGUUCGGCCGAGGUAUAAAAUCCUAUUGGUGUUCGACACGUUUGCCUUGGAAGGAGAACCGAUAGGAAGGGGAUGUCCUGCUGCAGUUCUGAGGGUAUGGAAUGACCUUUCGACUACACCAAUAGAGCUAUGUGGGGAGAAACCUCCUGGGGUCAGUACGCAGUGGCAGUAUUUGUCUACGUCCAACACCGUGAGGUUAAGCUUUAUAACAGCAGACAAGGCCGUAGGUGCGAAAGGGUUCCACGCCAUCUGGACGGAAGUGAUGGAGGGGCCGAGUUGUGAUGAGUUCCAGUGCCUACAGUCCGGUUUCUGCCUGCCGAACCGGUUGAGGUGCAACGACCACCCCAACUGCGGGCUCGAAGACGAAUCUGAUGAGGCGGACUGCAAACCAGUAGAACAGCCUAGAGAAAAAUUUAAGAUAUCGUGGGUGUGUGCUAUAGCUGCCAUUUUACUUGCUUUGGUUUUGUUAUGCAUCAUAUGUCACAGACUGUUGGGUAGGAAACGUCGGAGACGUCGGCGCGGAGGCGGCCAGUUCCCGUUGCCGAUCGCUGCCUUCGCAGUUCCAGGACCGUCAUCGGCCAGGCAAGCGCCCCCCUCUCCCCCUCCACCGCCUCCGCCACCGCCCCCACCUGCCAUGCACUUCUGCGAGGAAAUGGCUGAGAGGUACGCCUCCAGCGUCGACAGCGUCUGAUGAUGGCGGAUUGGCGGGUGCGCUUUGAAACGUCGUCUACGCGCGCCACGUCACUAUUUCCGCCGCUCCUCAUCUUCACGUCGUCGCCUCCCCCGCGAGAUGGCGCGACGCCUGCUCGCUGCCGUCAGCCUGAGCGUGAACACGUUGCGGACACUACCGCUUGCGCUACUUCGGUCGAUUAUCGGCAACGUCGCAAUAAAGGCGGCCUUGUUCAUUGGUUGAUCAUUUUGAGGUUAUUUUUUCAGUGAAAAGAUGAUUUGAUGAGGAUGAAGUUGGAUAGUAUGGUACGGUAAAGAAUAAAUUUAUAUUAUAUUCGUUUCACAGCAGUUUGAAUGAGCACAUUUUAUAUUUAUUCUACAGAUGUUUCAAGUUCUCAUGAAGACUUCAAUACAAUAACUUGUUUCACCAUCUCUGAUAUAAAUUGCAGGUACAGAUCAGAAGUUGAUGUUGAUUUAAGCUGCUGGCUGGCAACACAAAGAUAUAAGUGUGUGUAGUUAUUUGCUACUAUCAUAUAAUUUAUUUUUAUCUUGUAUAUUUGGACAAACCAAUUCUUUACUGAGUACCAAAAAUGCGAUCCAACGAGCCUCACACUCGAGAAAAUUGAAAUUUAAAGGCUGAGUUUUAUAUCGCAUAAUGCAUAUGCCUAAAUAGGCGAAGAUUAGUUAAAACCAACUAACGAAGGAAACAUUUUUGAUUUUUAUUGAAAAUAGAGUUUUGGUAAUCGCAAAUAGUGCAUACGUAAACAUUAACAUUGACAUUCAAGUUAUAAGAUGCAAUGGAAUAAAGGUUAUCGUUGAGAAGGUUUAGACAUGCGGUAUUUAUGAUUACCAAAGCUAAAGAACAACAAUUACACACCGAUCUUAUGUACGUUCAUUUGUUAUGGCCUAUGAACUUUGUGAAUAUUUCUCACUUUUUACGAAUAAAACACAUUGUGGAUUCGGCCUAUCAAUGCAUAACAUCAUGCUCACGUACCUAUUAUUAAAAGUAUGCAUUUCAGGCAUCAUGCAAGAGUUUUGCGUUUCGUUUGUAAGAACUAAGCUUCCUGAAGCUGCAUCCUUACUCUUGGUAUGGGGCACUGGGUAAGAAAAGGAAGACAUAAUUCUGAAUCGUUUUGUUUUCAUGAUCGAGUUUGAUAGUUUUAUUAGAAAGAACCCUAUAGCAUAACUCUGUAGUAGUGUACAUACAUUCGUGUUCUUUUGUUAAGCCCCUUAUAUAAACUUACAAGAAUCACGGCAAACUAUAGGAUGGAUUUACAAGUAUUGCGUUUAAGUGUUCUAUUUCUGUUAAAUAUUCAUUUCUAAUUAUAAGUUGGGGACAUCUUAUAAUUAAAGUUGAAUAUCAGGACUGAAAACAAUGUAUUUCUUAUUUGUCUUGAGAGCCAGAUGUUACUCCGAAAUGAGUACAAUCUUUAAAGACAAUAAUAGGUAAUAGAAUUUUUAUUCCAUUGACAAAUUUUAGUACAUAUUUUGUGUCAAGCUGAGCGAAAAUUAUCAACAAGGAUUUUCAUAUUUAUUGCUUCUUCGUUUAUGGUGGUUGAACUAUCGAUACAUUAAGAUAAGGCCUUUUUGAUCAAGCUGGCAGAUAAAUACUUCUAUGUCUGUAUAUUUCCAGAAGAAGUUGUUACCGCUUUUUAAAGAAAGGCUAAAAUUAUCGGAUAGACAAUACAUUUUUUGUUUAUAUGAGGACGGUUGAAAUUCAAGACAGUUUCAGGAAGUUUGGGUCUCAAAAGAAAAGCAUCUAACUCUUCAUUUGUUCGUUGGACAAUCACAAAUCACGCAAAGGCUGGCGGUUCGGACAGGAUCGCGCCACAGAGCGAUCCCAAGUGCAGAAAACAAACAAUUUGAUCACGUGCGCGUCUCAGUUUUUACACUUUGUCAGUAUUAGAGAUACAUAUUUGCAAUACAAAGAAAUCAACGUGGUUAUAUAAUAAGUGUUAGUGCGACAUAUUAUGAACUGUAUGUAGUUGAGUAAAUAAACGUAACCGUUUUUCGGUAUUUUCAGUGCCACAAUACACACGAAGGACUUUUUUGAAAAUCGUUUGCGUUUGAAGGUUGACUGCAAGGUAAAUGUUAUAAAACGGAAUAGCUUUCGGCUAAAAAAAAACUGUUGUGGUCAACUGCUCAAUCUGUAGACGAAAGCAAAUUAGAAAAAAUCAUCGAUACGGGAUCUGGUAUGACAACUGAAUUUGAGUUUUUUCCCACUAGGGAGCUUUGGUCAAGCAGAAGAUUAAAGUGAUGAACCGAAUAGAAGUAAACUAAAUCCUUUACGAUGUUGGCCUCGUGUAAUGGAACUAAAACUAUUUCGGAAAAAUCUUAUUUCACAAAAUGGUCGGAUUGUGUUUCUUGAUGUAGGCUGAAGUCAAAGAAUUCCAUUUGAAAUACGUGUGAUAAUAUCGUUCUCCUAUCGUAAGUCCUAAGAAAUACUACACAAUACAUGUUUUCCUAUAAAUGCAGUCCUUAGAGAUAUGGACCAUGUGAAACGAGGCCUAGAUUAUUUUAAAGCAAUUUCUCUGACAUGACCAAGAUUAAGGUUGUAAUGAAAUUUUAUUUUUUAUUAUCAACAUUUCAUCAGUGCGUUCUGGAGUGUCAAAUAUUCAGUUUUAGUUGCCGCAUCAACAUCCGCAUCGGUGAGAUUUUGUUUGGUUUCUAAUUCACAGAUUGACUGUUCCAGUAUCCAUUGUACAAAAGCCUUCGAAACAUUUUAUCUUGCUCUCAACCAUCAAACUAUCUAUGUAUUAUCCAAAGUAGUGGAGGUCUUUAGUUAUGAAGGCUGAACAUAACGUCAGUUCUAUAUUUUUUUGCAAUACUUGAAUUCGAUAUCAUUAGCUGUUGCUAGUUGAGUGCUAGCUUGUCAAGUAUGACAUAUACUUGAGCCUUGCUACAACUCAUGAGCAUGUUGGGACAGAGAUUGUAUUAAUGACAGAAAAUAACUUGGCAAGGUACGGUAUUUUUGUUUUGUUGUUCAGAUGUAAUAUUUUGUUAUUUUUAUCUAUUUAUCACUAGGAAUUGCCAUUUUGUUUUAUCAAAUCUACUUCUGAAUGUCCCAUUUGUUUCAAAAAAGACUAGGAAGUGAGAGUUUGCAGAAAGAUCUAUGCAAAUAAUGAAUAUUGCAAAUUCUGAUUAUCCUUUACUUCCUUAUUAAACAUGAUAUCGACAAAAGUUAAUGCAAAAACAAAAUACCUCCACUUCUGGGAUACUAUAGUUUUCUUAAAAAUAACAGGGGUGCUCUAGAAUUUUAUUUUUUACAACGAAUAACCAUUCUUCCUCGUGCAAUGGACAACAUAUAGAAGAAACGUAAGUGAAACAAUCUACUGCCGUGUUAAAAAAUCUUGCUUUGUAGUGUGAAUUUCAGAUAACAAAAUGGGAUUAUCCCAAGUAUGGUUGGUUACAUAUGGCUUACCAUCCAACUUUCGACAGCACUUUCAAACCUGAUGACGUAUGUUAAUUUAUCACUGGGUGACUUUUUUUAUGAUUUUUGGCGUCGAUUUUUCAUCUUGCAACCA